AUGAUCACAAAAUUCUACCAGCAUGUCCUUUCUUUGGCUUUUGCUGUGAAGGAGAUCAAUGAAAAUCCACAAAUAUUGCCUAAUGUUACUCUUGGCUUCCACAUCUGUGACAGCUACUACAGUGCCAGAAUGACCUAUCGGACCACCUUGGACUUGCUUUUCAAAUCAAACAGAUUUAUUCCAAACUAUAAGUGUGGUACUUCGAAAAAUGUCAUGGCUAUCCUUGGAGGACUUGAGUCUGAUACUUCAUCCCAUAUAUUGGACAUUAUAGAUUUCUACAAAAUACCACAGCUUACAUAUGGUUCAUAUUCCUCAGAAAGGUUUUGGAGAAAUAAGGUACCUUCACUUUACUUUAUGGCCCCAAAUGAGGAACCCCUAUAUAUUGGGAUUAUCCAGUUACUUAAAUAUUUUGGCUGGAAGUGGAUUGGACUCUUUGCUUUUCAGAAUGAGAGUGGUGAACAUUUUUUGCAGAAAUUGCAACUGAUGUUUUCCCAGAAUGGAAUCUGUUCAGCCUUCCUACAAAAAAUCCCUGGAAUACCUCAUCUGGAUAACUUGGAUAAUUUUUUUGGUACAAUGUCCAGCAUUUAUAUACAUUUCACAAAUCGUAAAACAAGUACAUUUAUUAUGUAUGGAGAUACUUUGACUCUUGUGUGGUUCACAUUUCUCAUCUUUUUUAGAGAUCCUCAAAACAAAGAAAAUGCAUCCUUUAGAAAGGUAUGGAUUAUGACAAGCCAAACGGAUUUUAUAUUGACAGGAAUUCAGAAGGGUUUUGAUCUCCAUUUGUUUGAUGGGGCCAUUUCCUUUCAAAUUCAAUCGAAGGAACCUCUGGGAUUCAGGACAUUUCUUCAGACCCUAAAACCUUAUGGGAGGCACAGAGAUGGAUUCAUAAAAGAUUUUUGGGAGCAAGCAUUUGACUGUGUCUUUCCUAAUUCAGGAUUGCUAACAAUGGAUAAUGAAAAAUGCACUGGGGAGGAGAACCUGGACCAUCUUCCUGAAUCUCUCUUUGAAAUGCAAAUGACUGGUCAUAGCUACAGUAUCUAUAAUGGUAUCUAUGCUGUGGCUCAUUCUUUACAUACUGCACUAUCAAGGAAAUCCAGUUGGCAAGAAAUGAUAUUGGAUAAAACCAUUCAAUUUCAGAAUCUCGAGUCUUGGCAGCUCCAUCCAUUUCUUCAAGACAUAUCUUUUAACAACUCAGCUGAAGAGGCAUUUUGUUUUAACGACAGAAGGCAAGUAAUGGGAGGAUUUGAUAUCAUCAACAUGAUCACUUUUCCAAACAAAUCAUUCAAGAAAGUGAAAGUUGGAAGAUUAGAUCCCAGUGUUCCAGAUAGAUAUCAAUUCACUAUUAAUGAAAAUAGAAUCAAAUGGCACAAAAGCUUUAACCAGACUCUUCCCAUUUCUCUUUGUAAUGAAUAUUGUCACCCAGGAUAUUGGAAGAGAAUAAUAGAAGGGAAAAAAUUCUGCUGCUAUGACUGUGUUCCAUGUCCAGAAGGAAAGAUUUCAAACAAGAUGGAGAUGGAAGAUUGUUUUAAAUGUCCUGAAGAUCAAUAUCCAAGCAAAGAGCAAGAUCAAUGUCUUAACAAAACAAUGAGUUUCCUCUCCUUUGAAGAAACUUUAGGGAUUUCUUUGGCAUCAGCUGCUAUUGCUUUUUCUACGAUGACAGCCUGGAUUCUUGGAACUUUUUUGAAGUACAAAGAUACUCCUAUAGUUAAAGCCAACAAUCGAGACCUGACUUACAUUCUUCUUGUGGCUCUUUUGCUCUGCUUUCUUUCUUCCUUGUUAUUUCUUGGUCAACCAGGGAAAGUCACCUGUUGUCUUCGGCAACCAACUUUUGUUAUUGUUUUUUCAGUGGCUGUUUCUUGUAUUUGGGGCAAAACCCUCACUGUGAUUAUGGCUUUCAUGGCCACCAAGCCAGGCUCCAAAAUGAGGAAAUGGAUAGGAAAAAGAUUGGCCCUUUUUAUUGUUCUUUCCUGCUCUCUUUUCCAAGCCAACAUCUGUAUUGUAUGGUUGGCAAACUUUCCUCCAUUCCCUGAGUUAGAUAUGCAUUCCCUUAUGGAAACCAUGAUUUUGCAAUGCAACGAAGGUUUCAUUCUCAUGUUUUAUUGCGUCCUGGGCUAUCUGGGUUUCUUGGCUACUGCCAGCUUUGUUGUGGCAUUCCUUGCCCGUAAUUUACCUGACAACUUUAAUGAAGCCAAAUUUAUUACUUUCAGUAUGUUAGCUUUUUGCAGUGUGUGGGUGUCCUUUGUGGCAACCUACCAGAGCACUAGAGGGAAAGCCAUGGUGGCUGUGGAGAUCUUCUACAUCUUGUCCUCCAGUGCUGUUUUACUGGGAUGUAUCUUUUUCCCAAAAUGCUUCAUCAUUGUGCUGAGGCCAGAAUUGAACAACAGGGAACAAUUAAUUAAUAAAAAGAAAUUAAAACAUGUAAAUAUAAUUUACCAAUAA